AUGAUUGUCGAAUAUAGGACGGCCUACAUUACAAGUCAGGGGGAGCUGGUGCGGGUGCCGCACCGCAUUGCGCUGCACUACCUUCGCGGCAUGUUCUUGCUGGACCUGGUUUCGGCGCUCCCACUGGACGAGAUUCUUUACGAGACGAGCUUCCGCAAGGGUGCCGUCUGGCUCGGGCUGCUCAAGCUGCCACGCCUGUUCCGCCUGAUUCGGCACGUAAAUGUGCUCACACGGACCAAGUAUAUCAACAUCGUGGGAGUGGCCCGCCUGCUGGGCAUUAUGCUUCUUAUCACGCAUUGGGCGGCGUGCCUGUGGCACUAUCUCUUCGUCAAGGUGCCAGAUCGACCGGAAACAUACAAUAACGUGGAACGCGUCUUCGCAGUCAUCCUCUUGUCCAUGGGCGCCUGCUUGUACGCCGUCGUUGUGAGCAGCAUUACGAUGCUAGUCACAAACAUGUGGAGCAUGGCCUCGCGCCACAAGCAGCGUUCCGCAAUGCUUCAAGACGCACUGAGGUACAAGGGCGCCUCACAUAGUAUGCGCGUCCGUGUGGACGAGUACUAUGAUUUUAUGGCCCAGUUUGACCAUCCAGGCCCCGACGGUGUUUCUUUGCUAUCUGAGCUGCCAGCUGCCUUGCACGCUGAGGUGCUAUCCUCAGUAUUUGAGCGCAUGCUGGUAAAGGUUCAACUGUUCGCCUAUUGCGAGCGACCCUUCUUAUGGCGGCUCGCGCAGCGGCUACGGCUGUCGCUGUACAUGCCCGGUGAUAUCGUGUACGACCUUGGCAGCGUGGGUCACGACAUGUACGUCAUCUGGAAGGGCGCCGUGGGCCUUAUUGCGAUAGACGGUUGCAUGUCGGCGCUGCUGUGCAAUAACGACCACUUUGGCGAGCUGGGGCUUAUGAAUGACAGUACACCACGGCCACACCGAGCCGUUGCACUGCGUCAGUGUGAUAUAAUGAUUCUCAGUCUCUGGGACCUGCAGGACGCCAUGCGAGAUUUUCCCGAUAGCGCUCAGCUCGUCAAAGGCCGGGCCCGGGUGCAGCUGGAGGACCACGAGGCGGGUCCGGCAGUGUGGGCGGCAUCACUGGCUGCUGGCAAGACGCCACGGCACGAGCUUCACCUUCGAGACUCCAAGAAAAGUCUUGCCUCGAGUGAAGAGGAAGAUGUUCCGGCGCCGGAUGGCAUGGCGGCUGUUCAUGACCGAUUGUCACCCGCCUCCUCUUCCGUGGUGCGACCCUUCCGGGACUCCGACUCGUCAAGCCGAGCACCCGCACUGGAUUUGAAUGGCGAUGAUCAUGGAAGCUGCGAUGCUGAUGGUGGCGGCCGUGGUGGCGAUGGUGAGGGCGGCCGUGGUGACGAUGGUGAGGGUGGUCGCGGUGGCGAUGGCGGCGAGGUCGCAACGACUAUAUCAGUGGUGAAGGGCAUUCUGCGCAGUGCCAGCCUUCGCUGGCUGCCGAUAUGGAACAGUACCGGACCAAACGGGCCAGGGCAGUCAACCUCAGCAAACGGCAAUGGCAGUAAUCGGGGGCCCGUAGUGGAGGCGAUGGAGUACACCAGCUCCAGGGCAAUUGGGACCCAUGGGUCAUCUGUGGAUGCGUUCAACUCCUCCGUACCUGGGCCAAAAAGCCCGCAGGGCUGCCCUGCUUCCACUUGGGAGUCGACACAGGCCCUUUUCCGGCAUGUCUGGCGAGGGGCAAAGCCAGUAUGUGAAUCAACAAACCGUGAGAACGUACAGCUGGGUGCCGUUCCCGGCCAGCCUGGCCUAUACCAGCGGCUCUCACCGCAGCAGAAGCAGGACCUCCAGUCGAUUCUGCCCAGGCCUCUACCAUCCGAGACCCGGCAGGGCUUGGGAAGCGGAUGCAAUGAGGUUGCGGUAUGGGAUAAAGAUCCGGUGGAGAGGUCCGCCUGGUCGUGUAGCUCGACACAGGGCGCAAACAUGCAUGAGCUGGUUGACAACAAGGACGUGCCUAUUUGGGACAUCGCAGCUGGAGGCCUGGGUAGGGCUUUAGGCCAUCGAAGCAUGGCGGACCGUGGCGGGGAUGCAGCUGGUGGCAGGUGCGUUGGGGGGCACAGCAGGAACAAAGCCGCACGGUUACGCACGCAGAGCAGUGAUGGUCUUGGAUUGAGCGAGGAAGACAGGGAGGAUGACCACGCCCCACGCUUGCUCGUGCUGCAAGCCCAGCCCUUCCUGGGUCUCGACCCCUUGGGACCGCUGUUCGAUGACGUGGCCAAGGCGGCCGCAGCAUCCGUCGCUGCAGAACAGCAGCAGCAACGCCGCCGCAUGCGGGCUGGCUACCAACCCACCGCGACAGCCAGCGGCGGCGCCAACCUACAUCAGCGACCGGCGCGCACUUCGUCAGCGUACGGUGAUCAUGACACAACGCAGGAUCUUGUACAGCCCGCUGAGAUGUGGAAUCUUAGCCGAAAGGUACGGCGAUCGUCUAUGCGUAUGGAUGCAGUGGACCCCACCGGCGGCAGCCGAAGGGGCCGCUUGGCGUCAGAUGGCGGUGAUGCAAAGUGGACGCGCGGCUUUGUCGAAGGCUGGCUGGGAGAGCAAUCUGGAAAGGACCCCAGAUUUGCAACGCUGGAGCGGCAGCUGGCCGAAGCUCGCAGGCAGCUGGCUUCCGUGUUUGAGAACCCGCUUCAGGUAUAA